CGCGAGCAGCCGCGGCCGCCGCGGUUGCCUCCCUUAGCCACCAGCGCUCCCGACUCGGCUCCUCAGGAGGGAGCGGCCAGUGGGCCCGCAUCCUGUCAGCGAGGUUCGAGGCCGGGCUGCCGCGGCCACCUCCUCCUGGUACCUAGGCCGCCCGGAGGAGCCGGGGCCGGAGCACCGUGGGCUGACUGACCCGGGGAGCUGACACCGCUGGACACGAAGGCGGAGGCGCGCGUCUGGCAGUCGCCUGGAGCCGAGAGGAGGCCGAGGGGACCAUGUCCGGGAGGAAUUUCCACCUCUCCACCACCGAACGCGUCAUCAAAGCUGUUCCCUUUCCUCCAACCCAACGGCUUACUUUGAAGGAAGUAUUUGAGAAUGGGAAACCUAAAAUUGAUGUUUUGAAAAACCAUUUGGUGAAGGAAGGGCGACUGGAAGAGGAAGUAGCCUUAAAGAUAAUCAAUGAUGGGGCUGCCAUCCUGAGACAAGAGAAGACUAUGAUAGAAGUAGAUGCACCAAUCACAGUGUGUGGUGACAUUCAUGGACAGUUCUUUGACCUGAUGAAGUUGUUUGAAGUUGGAGGAUCACCUAGUAACACACGCUACCUCUUUCUGGGUGACUAUGUGGACAGAGGCUAUUUCAGUAUAGAGUGUGUGCUGUUUUUAUGGAGUUUAAAGAUUAAUCAUCCCAAAACAGUGUUUUUGCUUCGAGGAAAUCAUGAAUGCAGACAUCUUACAGAAUAUUUCACCUUCAAACAGGAAUGUAACUGUUGGCUAGGGACUGCCCUCAGCUUCCAGAGAUUGCUUGCAGUUCUUUGCUCCCACAGGCAGUUCACAUUAGACAGGUUUAAAGAACCUCCAGCCUUUGGGCCAGUGUGUGACCUGCUUUGGUCUGAUCCUUCAGAGGAUUAUGGUAAUGAAAAGACCUUGGAGCACUAUACCCACAACACUGUCCGAGGGUGCUCUUAUUUUUACAGUUACCCUGCAGUUUGUGAAUUUUUACAGAACAAUAAUUUGUUAUCAAUAAUCAGAGCCCAUGAAGCCCAGGAUGCUGGGUAUCGAAUGUACAGGAAGAGCCAAACAACAGGCUUUCCAUCACUCAUUACAAUUUUCUCUGCCCCCAAUUACCUAGAUGUCUAUAAUAAUAAAGCUGCUGUGCUAAAAUAUGAAAACAAUGUCAUGAAUAUCAGGCAGUUUAACUGUUCUCCACACCCCUACUGGCUUCCAAACUUUAUGGACGUUUUCACAUGGUCUUUGCCAUUUGUUGGGGAAAAAGUCACAGAGAUGCUGGUUAACAUUCUCAACAUAUGCUCUGAUGAUGAAUUGAUUUCCGAUGAUGAAAUUGAAGAAGAGAAUUGUGUUCAUUACCGAAAAAUAAAAUUUGAAAAAUACUGGAAACCGCAAAUAAGAACAACAAAGUUACCUGUAAACCUGCCAUCUCAUAAAUAUCAGCUAUGUCGAAUCAAAUAUUCUGAACAGGUGUAUGAUGCGUGUAUGGAAACAUUUGACUGUCUUCCUCUUGCUGCCCUCUUAAACCAGCAGUUUCUGUGUGUACAUGGAGGGAUGUCACCUGAAAUUACUAGUUUAGAUGACAUUAAGAAAAUUAUGGAUGGGAAUAGGCUGAGGUGGGAGCCUGGGUUGUCUGUGCUGGCAGCAAUGCUGUUGGUUUACUCACUCUUGUUCUGUCUUCAUUUUUGCAUGCCACUGCUCCUGCCUCUUACAGCCACAGUAGAAGCGGUAGAGGCCCGGGAAGCCAUCAGAGGGUUUUCGCUUCAGCACAGGAUCCGGAGUUUUGAAGAAGCCCGAGGUCUGGACCGAAUUAACGAACGGAUGCCACCCCGAAAAGACAGCCAGUACCCCGAUGGGCCAGUGAAAUUGGUGGCCCCUGCACAACCCAACGCUGUGCACAGGAGCGACAGGGGGAGAAGAGCCAGUAAUGACGCAGAGCCCUGCUGUGGCACAGGUGGAUCCAAAACUUAAGAACAAAUUUUAUUUAUUAUUGGAAAACAAAACAAAAACAACUUUAACAACUUAAACCUGGAGGUGCAUUCAUAAUUCAGUCUGCAUUUAUGCUGUAAGAAAGGUGACCAUUUUAUAAAUUGUUUUUAAUUUAUGUUUAAUAUAUAUAAAAAGUGCAUCUGUUUUGUUUUUCCCUUUUUUUUCCCCUAAUUUUUAGGAACUGAUCUGAUUGUCUGAUACAUAUGUGAAGUCUUGUGCUACAAAGGGGACCUUCCCCUAAUAAAAGGGCCUUGGAAACCUCCACCCUGGGUUUCUGACUUGAACUAGC